GGGCGGUCCCAGGGGUGAGGAGCGGACGCUCCAGGACGAGCCUCCCGCGGGUCCCCGCCCCGGUCACGUGGGCGACGGACCCGGCCGCUGCCGGUCGGUCCGCUGGUUGGUUGGUCAGUUGGUCCGUGGGGUCAGUGGCCUGAAGCUCGGUUCUCAGCUCUCACGUUCUGAGGUGGGAGGGACACGGUAGCAGCCCGCACACCUGAGUCGUCCUGAGAGGAGCCGCAGCUCCGCACCCAGUAAGAUGAGAAGAUGAGGCCAGGCAAGCAACAGGAGUCAUGGCUUCUGAUGCGAGUCAUGUGUUGGAGGCUGCCCUGGAGCAAAUGGACGGGAUCAUUGCAGGCACUAAAACAGGUGCAGAUAUUAGUGAUGGUAGCUGUGAGCCUGAACUCACUUCCCCGGCCUCCUGCAUGAACCCCUUCCCAGUGCUCCAUCUCAUCGAGGACUUGAGGCUGGCGCUGGAGAUGCUGGAGCAUCCUCAGGAGAGAACGGCCCUCCUGAGCCAGAUUCCGGGCCCAACAGCUGCCUACAUAAAGGAGUGGUUUGUGGAGAGCUUGUCCCAGGUAAACCCCCACAGUACUGCUAGUAAUGAAACCUACCAAGAACGCUUGGCACGUCUAGAAGGAGAUAAGGAGUCCCUCAUAUUACAGGUGAGUGUCCUCACAGAUCAAGUGGAAGCCCAAGGGGAGAAGAUCCGGGACCUGGAAGUAUGUCUGGAAGGACACCAGGUGAAACUCAAUGCUGCUGAAGAAAUGCUUCAACAGGAGCUCCUAAGUCGCACAUCUCUUGAGACCCAGAAGCUUGAUCUGAUGACUGAAGUGUCUGAGUUGAAGCUCAAACUGGUUGGCAUGGAGAAGGAGCAGAGAGAGCAAGAGGAGAAGCAAAGAAAAGCAGAGGAAUUACUGCAAGAACUCAGGCAUCUCAAAAUCAAAGUUGAAGAGUUAGAAAAUGAACGGAAUCAAUAUGAGUGGAAGUUGAAGGCCACUAAGGCUGAGGUAGCCCAGCUACAGGAGCAGGUUGCCCUGAAGGAAGCAGAAAUUGAGCGCCUGCACAGCCAGCUCUCGCGAACCACAGCCCACAGAGACCAUACAGAGAGAGACCAAGAAAUUCAACGUCUGAAAAUGGGAAUGGAAACUUUGCUUGUCGCAAAUGAAGAUAAGGAUCGUCGGAUAGAAGAGCUUACGGGGCUAUUAAACCAGUACCGGAGAGUAAAGGAGAUCGUGAUGGCAACUCAAGGGCCUUCAGAAAGAACUCUCUCAAUCAAUGAAGAAGACCUGGAUGGAAGUUUUAAAAAGUGGAACUCUGCAAAUAAAGGACCCGAAGAAUUAUUUAAGCCAGAGAUGCUUCCAAGAUGUAGCUCUCCCACAGUGGGGCCACCACCACUGCCACAGAAAUCACUGGAAACCAGAGCUCAGAAGAAACUCUCCUGUAGUCUAGAAGACUUGAGAAGUGGAUCUGUGGAAAAGUGUGUUGAUGGGAACCAGCUCUCCUCGGUGGUAGAACCCAAGGGUAGCCCUUUCCUGGUGGAGCACAAAUACCCCACAUUACCUGGGAAGGUUUCAGGAGCCACGCCCAAUGGAGAGGCUGCCAAAUCUACUCCGGCAGCCUCCCAGCCUGACCCCACAGGGAGCAGCCUGCUGAGACUGAGAGAAACAGAAAGUAGUUGGGAUGACACUGCUAUGGCCAACGACCUCUCAUCCACCUCAUCGGGGGCUGAGUCGGCCCCCCAGUCUCCUCUGACUCCAGAGGGUAAACGGAGCCCCAAGGGCAUCAAGAAGUUCUGGGGAAAAAUCCGAAGAACUCAGUCAGGAAACUUCAACACUGAUACACCUGGAAUAGCAGAGUUUCGACGAGGUGGGCUCCGAGCAACUGCAGGGCCAAGACUCUCCAGAACCAGAGACUCUAAGGGUCAGAAAAGUGAUGCCAGUGCCCCCUUUGCCCAGUGGAACACAGAGCGUGUAUGUACAUGGCUGGAGGAUUUCGGCCUGGGUCAGUACGUGAUCUUUGCCAGACAGUGGGUGACCUCUGGCCACACAUUACUGACAGCUACCCCUCAGGACAUGGAAAAGGAGCUAGGAAUUAAGCACCCUCUACACAGGAAGAAGCUGGUUUUAGCAGUGAAAGCCAUCAACACCAAGCAGGAGGAGAAGUCUGCACUGCUAGACCACAUUUGGGUAACACGAUGGCUUGAUGAUAUUGGCCUACCCCAAUACAAAGACCAAUUUCAUGAAUCCAGAGUUGAUGGACGAAUGCUGCAAUACUUAACUGUGAAUGAUCUACUCUUCUUAAAAGUCACCAGUCAACUACAUCAUCUCAGCAUCAAAUGUGCCAUUCAUGUGCUGCAUGUCAACAAGUUCAACCCCCACUGUCUGCACCGGCGGCCAGCUGAUGAGAGUAAUCUUUCUCCUUCAGAAGUUGUGCAGUGGUCCAACCACAGAGUGAUGGAGUGGUUGCGAUCUGUGGACCUGGCAGAGUAUGCACCCAACCUUCGAGGGAGUGGUGUCCAUGGAGGUCUCAUUAUCUUGGAGCCACGCUUUACUGGGGACACACUGGCUAUGCUCCUCAAUAUCCCACCACAAAAGACACUCCUCAGACGCCACCUAACCACCAAAUUCAGUGCCUUGAUUGGUCCUGAGGCUGAACAGGAAAAGCGAGAUAAAAUGACCUCUCCAGCCUACACACCACUGACUACCACAGCCAAAGUCCGGCCAAGGAAACUAGGAUUUUCACAUUUUGGAAACAUAAGAAAAAAGAAGUUUGAUGAAUCAACAGACUACAUUUGCCCAAUGGAGCCCAACGAUAGUGCUGGUGAUGGGCACAGUGUCUACAGUGGCUACCGGUGCACUGACCUUCUCAAUGCCCCAGAACUAGACGGGCUGGAUCAGGUGGGGCAGAUUAGCUGAUGCCCUGGCCACCUGCUUUGUCUGUGCACCUGAAAACUCACAAUAAUACCGUGUGUGUCACCAUAUAACUACACCUCACCCCUUGCCUAUGUGCAUGACUUGCAGAGAACAUUCCAGCAAUUGUGUACCCUUGGACCAUUCCUGAGAGUGACCAGGAUAUGGAGUUGCACCUUUGCUAAUGGGCCAGGCUCUGGGGACUGUUGUCAAAAGUGGACUCAGAAGGAAAGACACUUAAAGAUGCAUUUUACAUUUUUAGUAAUUCUUAAUGUCCAUCUUCAGCACCAGUGGGAAUUCAUGAACUUGGACACAUGUCCAAAAACCAUGGACAAUGCCAAGAGGCUUAGUUCUCAGGCACCUUCCCUAUGCUUCAUCUGAGGGAAAAAUCUCAAGUGCCUUAGGUCUGUGUGUCACGGAGUCUUAGCUGAGAUAAAGGAACAAACAGCAGGGAUUUCUGUUACAGUGACAAUGUGAUUGUGUUGUGCCUUAAUGCAGAGGUGGCCACAUCUUUGUGAUAAUAAAAACAAUAUUUAUGCA